GGAUGGGGCAGCAGCUACGGCGGUUCCAGACCCUGCUCGCCCUGCUGGGGGCCCUGCUCCUGACCGGGGCGGCCUGGGGCUUCGACGACAGCCCAGCCAGCACCAGCGACGCCGAGGAACCGGCCGACCUGCAGGAGAACUCUGCUAAGGAAGCCCCAGCCAAGAGAAGUGGAACACGUGAACGUAGCCCAAGUGCUCCCCCAAAACAAGAUUCUGAAGUAUUUCCUAGUAACGAUUUCAACUAUGAAGAAUACUGCGCAGCCAAAGCGGUCACUGGCCCUUGCCGUGCAGCCUUUCCACGCUGGUACUUUGACAUUGAGAACACCACCUGUGCUCAUUUCAUCUAUGGAGGCUGUCGAGGCAAUAAGAACAGCUACCUGACCCAAGAAGACUGCAUGACGAAAUGUUUUGGCAAGCAUAACCAUAAGUCAUCUCAUCCUGUCAUGCCACAUUCCACCAAAGCUGUGGCCUUGGCGGUGCUGCUGGCAGUGAUGGCAGCCAUCCUUUUGGGAGCAAUGGUGGUCAUCUUUAUCAAGAUAGCCCGGAAGCACCAGAUGAAUGCCUUCAACACGGUGUGGAGCCCCAUAGAUGACAAGGAGUACUUGGUGAAGAGCGCUUACGCCCUCUGAGGAAGCUGAGGGUCCCCCACCCUGCAGGCAGCAGUAUCCCUCUCCUGCUUGGCCACGUGGUCCUUUCCAUGCAAGCUGCCACAAGGGCACAAAAAGCCCUCAAUGAAGUGUAAAUGUGAGAAAUUGUUGGGUGAGGGGAAGAAGGGAAAGCGAAUUGUAGAAAGGCCAUGUUUUUGGUGUUUUUAUUUUCUCUUUAGUUUUUUAAGUGUGAUUAAUUUGUGUAUGACUUUUGUAAUUCCAAGAGGCAAGUGAGCACACUUCCUAGUUCGGUUGGGCGGAUGGGGGGAGUGGGGUUAGGGGGCAAAGGGCAUUUUGGCUUAGAAAUAUUUUUAAAGAAACCAAAACAGAUUUUUAUUUUAGGAUUCUGAAAGGGAGGGGUUAGAGGAAGAACCGUGAAAGAUUAAUAAAAGUGCCUUCUCUUUGAAAAUACA